AUGGUUAAGACUUGUAACUUGAUAUCAAUUGCGAUCUUCGUGCUCUUUGCGUCGUCCGUCACUGUUACUGGCAGGCCAUUAACGAACGCCGACACGCCCGUAGUAAAAAGAGAUUCUGGAGAGAUAAAAGCAGACCGAGUAGCAGAAAUCGGUAAUAUUUGCAUUGGAAAGGAGUAUCAGGGUGUGCCGACCAAAUUAUGUCCAAUCAAUAAGCUUGAUAGCACACCACAGAAGCGUACCAACAUGGUCAAGCGAUCAUUAUCCAAUCGACAAACAGAUAGGGUUGCGUCUGAAGGCCGAACGGUUUUUGAGCGUUCUUUUAGCGCGUCCGUUAGCGGUCUUAGAGGAUCAUCAGACGGUGAGAUUUGUGCAGAUACGAAAGAUGGCGUGGUGUGCAUGCCAAAGUAUGGGGCUAAUCACUAG